CAAUUUUCUCAUCAGUUGAUUGGCAAAAUACUUCAAAUCAAAUUAGGAAAUUUAAUUUUUUCACUGUUAUUUCAAAUGGAAUAGUUAUAUACAUUUCAUGUUAUAAAAAUUUUGAAAAACAUAACUAUCACACAUAACCAAUGUAAAUUAUUAAAUAAAUUCUGCGGUUAAUUAAUAAUUAAGUGCUAUCAGGGCUCCCUUAUCAAAGGUCUUGGCACAAAGGUUAGUAGUGAUUUCACAGAAAGAUGGGAAAUAAGUCGUCUUUGUUGUUGAGAGAGGAGGAAAUUGCACAAAUACAGGAAGAAACCGGGUUCACACCUAAUCAAAUAGAACGCCUUUAUUCCCGAUUCACAUCACUAGACAAAAAUGACUGCGGAACAUUAUCUCGUGAGGACUUCCUGAGAAUUCCAGAGUUAGCAAUCAAUCCACUAAGCGAGAGAAUUGUGCAAUCAUUCUUUGCUGAAAGCCACGAUGACAGAGUUAACUUCCUGCAGUUCAUGAGGGUUCUUGCACACUUUAGGCCCAUCAAGAAGAAUAGGGAAAAUAAACUCAAUUGCAGAGAAGAAAAAUUGAGGUUUGCAUUUUCUAUGUAUGAUCUGGACAGUGAUGGUAAAAUAUCCAGAGAUGAACUCCUCGCUAUACUGCACAUGAUGGUUGGAGCCAAUAUUAGUGAGGAACAGCUGACGAGUAUUGCUGAACGAACAAUCAUUGAAGCGGACACUAACAAUGACCAAAUGAUAUCCUUCGAGGAGUUCUGCCGGGCUCUUGAGAGGACCGAUGUGGAACAAAAGAUGUCCAUUCGAUUCCUCAAUUGACCUCCAAACUCUUGAACCGCGUACAUCAAGUACAUUCUGACAAUUGUACUAAUAGUCAUUGUCUAUGGGCUCUACAAGAAAAAAUGAACAAUUUAUGCGAAACUUGUACAUAUUUACUGAACUUAUCGUGAAGGGUUAACUAGUUAGAUACUUAUCAUGGGGGCAGCGUAUUUAUUUUCUUUUUUUUUAUUAAGUUAAGAUUCAUGGUUGUUUUUUCUAUUAAAUUGAUUAAAAGAUAAACUGCACGAUAAAAGGAAUUAAUAGAUAUCCAAUUUUAAAAACUUUCAUACUUGAAGAGUUAACAUGUUCCGUGCCAAACAAUGUACACGUGAAUUGUUAUUCAGGCAGUUUCAUUUAUUAACUAAAUAUUGUUAUAUUACACCAUAAAAUUAUUAAUUAUUUUUUAUUUAACAGUUGAACAAAUAAGUUUUUUGCGUUGCAUUGUGAAUAUUAUUUGUUGUAAUAUAUUUGUUAAUAUAUUGCUUCUUGUACCAAUAGCAGUAUGUACACGCGACACGGAACGUGUUAACUGAAAAACAGUUGUGCUGAAAUGUCAUAUUUUAAAAGUAUCGCAUUACCUUUCGAUUAUAAGCAAAGGCGGUUUAGGUUUUACAGUUAAGCUCCUGUGCACACCACGUUUUUUAAACGCGUUUUUAUCCUACAGAGCGGUUUGUUGUCGUCUGUAUCGAUACAAACGCGUAUUUGAAUUUAUACAGGUGUGCAAAGGUCUACAGCCUUCGUCUGACUUGCGAGCGUAUCGCGUCUGUAUCGCUACAAACGCGCGUCGACGCCGUGUUUAAAACCGUGGUGUGCACAGACCCUAACCACGCUGAGUUUCUCGCCGGAUCUUCUCAAUGGGUCACGUUUCCGAUCCGGUGGUAGAUUCUGCGAAGCACUGCUCUUGCUAGGGUUAGUCUUAGCAACGAUGUUAGGCUUGAGCCCUGUGAGCUCACUUACUAGUUAAAGUUACGCUGAAAU